GUGGUGGUUUUAGAGGUCGUAGUAGAGGUAGAGGACGCGGUGGAUUUUCAGGUGGCAGAGGUGGUGGUCGUGGAGGUCCACCUCCACGAGAAGGUGAUUGGUGUUAUAAAUGUCAUUCACCCCGUGCUGGUGCACCUGGAGAUAGUGGCAGCUAUGGCGGUCGAUAUUCUGGAUCACAAAGAGGUGGGUAUAGGGGUCGUCGUGGUGGUGGUUCUUCAUAUGGUGGUAGAUAUGGAGAUGAUGAUAGAGGCUAUGGAGGUGGCGGUUAUCGUAACAAUGAUAAUGGGUAUGGUUAUGAUCAAGGAUAUGGAAGGCAAAGUAAACAGGACGACCGGCAAGAAC